AUGGGCAAUGCCAACGUGAGUCAUCGUGUGGAAACCCUCGCCGUGUCAUCUGCCAUGGACAUGGAACGGGCCAUGGCGUCCACGACACUGCCCAAGCGCAUUGAUCUACAAGCCAACUUGUUGACACACGCCAAAGGCGCCACGGUGGAGCGUCUAUUGCGGCGUGUCGGGUGUCACGAAUUGUGUAUCCAAGGCAAGAGCAGCAGUACGGCGGCUCCUCGUCGUCUCUUUGAACCAGAGGUCGUUCGAGCCAUUGGUCACGUCAAGCAAAGUCGUUUGCAGAAAUUGAUUCUCAAGAAUCUCGAUAUCCAGCGCGGUGAUAACGAUCAUCACUCGGGUCCAAACCGUAGUGUGGAUCCGUUGGAAUGCAUGGCACACCGAUUGAGCAAAUUGACUCAUUUGGAAGAAUUGCACCUGCAGUCCUGUCGCAUUGACGAAUCCAUCUUGGAGGAUAUUCUCAUUAGCAUCAAGCAAUUGCCCCAUCUCAAGCAAGUCACCAUCAAUCUCAGAGAUCACAUUACCAAUCGACGACUGCGCGCACAACUGGAGCAUGUCGCCUCCGAGUUGGUCGCACGACCUCAAAUGACAUCCAUGGCGCUGUCCGAAUACCCGCUCCAGAGUUGCUUUUGGAAGAAUGUCGCCGUGUCGGACAGUCUGACACACCUCAGUUUGGCAUUGCGUCAUGACGAUCAACUGUCACUGUUGCAUCCACAUCAACGACAGUACUUUUGGGAUUUGUUGCAACAAAACAAAUCCAUUCAACAGCUCGAGUUCCAAGUGGCGGCCGGAGUGUCCCUCACAAACCUCCAAGAAAUGUUGGCGGACAACAGCACCGUCACAUCCUUGCUCUUGCAUUUGGAAGAAGAUCCCACACAUGUCUCCCAGUGGCUCUCACAAGUUCUCGAGUAUGAUAACUUCACACUCGAAAAGGUCCAUUUGUUGUGUCACAAUCUCUACGGAUACAAGGUCCGCAUCCCCAACCGACAGAUUGACUUUUACACGCGUCUCAAUCGCAAUGGACGCCGCAAGUUGGUCGGCGACGAUGCCAACUCUACCCGCAGUCAAGAAUGGGUGACAGCCUUGUCGCAAAACACCUACGAUGUCUCGUCCACCUACUAUUGGUUGCAAGCUCAUCCCCAACUGGUCACCCGAGCCAUUGUGGCGGCUACUACUACUACAGACAACUAA